AUGGCUGGAGGCAAGUCUGGCCCCUCCUCGGGCUCGGAAAAGUCUCUACGUUAUGCCUGCGACCGAUGUCAUGGACAAAAGCUGCGUUGCCUUCGCUCUCAGGGCGCUGAUAAGAGUUGCCACAACGUACCAUGCCUUCGCUGCCAGAAAGCUCAGGUACCAUGUACCAGCAGCGUAGCUCACAAGGUCGGCCGUCCACCAAACUCACGCAAUAGAAAGCCCAGGCUGUUGCCAAAUGGCAUGCAUACACCAUAUGCAGAACAUCUCAGGAUUUCCGGGAGCACAGAGGAUGACAUUGAAGAACCAGAAAAGGGCCGUUACAAAGCCGACAAGCCCCAGGGCCACGAUUUGAGCGAAUCCGGUUGGAUAAUAGACCCCGAUCAAUUCUCAACUGUGCCGCAGUCGACGGAGCCGGUCCGAGCCUCUUUCCCUACUACAUCCAACACUGAGGUACCUAUGGAUACUACCAUACCUGCCACACGAUCGAUUCCUUCGAUAUACGGUGAAGAGUCAGAUGGGAACGCUGAGAUCUUGGAUUUAGGCCAGAAUAUGGCGGCACGGUCAGCUGAGGGGAGCGGCCCUCGUUAUGAUUGCCCAAUUCUUGAAUCUCAGAACGAACCUUCGCCUGGGUUCAACGAGAUAGAGGCUCCGCACUAUCCCCAAUCGUACGGCGAUAUGUACAAGGAUGAAUCGAUGCCUCACUAUGCCGUUUCGUCGAGCUCGUCCCACGGUCAAGGCUCGAUGGUAUCACAGACACCUCGAAAUAUGACUACAUGUCAUGUCCUCACCGGUGGAAAGUUACAGGACACAUUCCACAAGUGGGGUGAGCUUUCGACUCAGGCUGGCGCCAGCAUACCUUCAUAUGCAGGACUCCCCCCCAACAAGUUCAUCACUUGUCUUCCGAGACUCGCAAAUCUCAACAUGAACCUUCUUCGGUUAUCGGGAAAAGCUAGAAUAGCAACUGCCCAAUCCCUCAAUCCUGCAGCUGGUCGGGAGAAUGAGGUGAUUGUUGAGAUGGUCCAAUUCUCAAGGGAGCUAAUUGAUCUCAUGGCAUAUAUCACGCCAUGUCCUCGCUCGAGCCAUCUCCCUCUGGCAAGCCAGCCUAGCUCAAAUAUUUUCUGCAGCAUGUAUAGUUCCGGUACCAAAUCUGAAGGCGCCUCUCACAGCCUGGACUCAAACACCCACUUUCAACACGAUGAAUUGUCACACACUGCUUCCGGUGAAUCUACCGAGACUGAUGCCAAGCGAGAGUCGAUGCCAGCAAGUACACUAAUCUUCCUCGUGAUGGGGUGUUACACGCAAAUUGUGUACGUUUUCGAAACUAUCAUCAACUGUCUAUAUCAGGAUCCAACGGUAUCUGCCAGUCAAAGCCGCAGCGGAUCCUCGCUGGAGACUUGCCUUCACAUUCACACGAUUACAUACCUGCUCGAUCACCUGCACAAGGCGCUGUAUGCAUAUCCACCGCACAUUCCUCUACAUGAUGAGGUGGACAAUGUUUCGUAUGCUUGUCAAGACAAUCUACGGGCGCAGGGUCCAGGCUGUACGACACCCAUGUUUGGCAAGAGUACUGCCGGUGUCCUUCUGGGCCAGGCAUCCUGGGAAAUUGGAGAGCGUGAGCAAAGCCUUGUGAGCAAGAUACAAUCAUUGAGCCAGGUUGUGAAUUUCAGCCGACACUACAGCUAA